AUGGUACCUUUUAUUGCUCGUACUGCUACGGGUUUACGCGAUAUUAAGGCUUCUUCUCGAUUACUUAUUCGAUCACAUACUCUUGAUGGACAUUCAAAAUCGAUUCUUUCAUUGGAUAUUUAUGAUGGAAUUCUUAUUACGGGAUCGAAAGAUAGGCAAGCAAAAAUUUGGGAUUUGGAAUGUGGCAUCGAACGAAGCAAUCUAGGUUUGCAUGCAAACAAUGUUACAUGUGUUCGUUUUAUACCCAAUACGCAUUUAGCUUUAAGUGUAUCUACGUCAACGGUACGUAUAUGGGAUUUACGUGUCAGUCAGAGUAUACGAACGUUGCAUUCUUCAGGGCUUACAACAGAGGGAGAGGUAUUGCCAGAAAACAGUUCUCGUCAGAAUAUGGUUCCUGUUUCUGAGACAUUUAUCAGUGCAGCAGAAAUCGAUCCAACUGGAAGAUUGCUUUUCACAUCAUAUUGUGGUGAUGUACGAAUAUGGAAUAUGGAAAAAUUUGCGGCAUUUGGUCGACUAAAUUGCGCUACUCAUGGACCAAGAUCGGAAGUGACAUGCCUGGAGGUACUGGAUGAUGUAAGGCCAAAAGUGUUCACAGGCUCACGAGAUCAUUAUGUAAAACUUUACGAUGUUUCGGCAGAAGGUGAAGGCAUCUAUGAUGCUUCUUUCGAGUUUACUCCUCGUCAUUAUGAUUCGGUUACAUCCAUUCGUGUUUUUAACGACUCAUUAUUUACGGCAUCCAAAGAUUUGAAUAUAAUGCGCUUUUCACUGCGUGAUAUGAAGAGGGAUCACGUGGAAUUAAGAUCGCAUAAUAAAUGGAUAAUGGAUAUGUGCCUCGUUCCUGCACAACGAACUUUACUCGCGACCGUAUGUAGAGAAGGGUCGAUAAAACUCUGGGAUAUUGUUAGUAAUCGAAAAUUAAGACUUAUUGAAGAAUUAAGCCAUGCACAUAACGAAUCGAUUAAUACAGUAAUUGCUAAUUCGAGUCUUAUUUUUACCGGUUCCAGGUAUAUUUUAUGGCAUUAUUUUUCUAACUUGUUACAAUCACCGCUGAAAAUAUUUUUAUUAGCUGACCGUGAUUUGGCUAAGGAAUUAAAAUAA